AUGCUUGGCUAUGGCUGGCAGCGAUGGUGCUGGCACGGGGAAGAUCAUCAGCGUGCGUUGAGUGGGCUGAUCGCUGACCGUCGCGCAACAGGACACCGACUCUGGGGGAGAAAGAUGGGUGACGACAAGAGCCUCAAGACGAGCCACAUGGCCAUCGUCCUGGGAAUUGGCUUAGGCGUAGUGAUGCUCAUCGUGCUCAGCUUACUUCUUACGAUUGUCGUCAACCGCCGCGAUCGCCAGGCAUUUCAACGCAAAAGGAAGAAUCCGGAUGAGCGAUUGCGCAAUCUCGAUGCAGUCUCGCCCACCCGCACUUUAGAGCAGUGGUGGACGACUACAAAAGGCAAAAUGGGCCUUUCAGAGGCCGUCGAUGGCCAGUUUGUUUGCGCCGUCUGUCUAGAACAAGUCGAUCGCACGGAGGAAAUCCGAGAGCUGCAAUGCCUGCACGUUUUUCAUCGGGAAUGCCUCGAGAAAUGGUAUCUCGGCGAUCACUUCAACUGCCCACUCUGCCAUCGACCCUAUUUCGUUGCCGAUAACCCUCCACGAAAUGAUUAUGUGUGGAUGGUAUGA